CAUCACCAUCUACAGAGUUCGUGAUGGUAUCUGGCGAAGACUGUCCUGUUCUUUCGAGCGGACCUGCCCGCAAGAGGCAUCGGCCGCUGGAGGAAGCAGUGGAGACUGGUGACGGAGUGGCUCUCAAGUUUUCCGAUUCGUUUGCUUCGGACAACCAGAACUUGGUCUUGUUACAGGUGCCGGAGUCGCUGCUGAACGAGAUCGGGGAGGACGCGGACAGAGGCCUGGUUAAGCUCAUCGGCGGAGAGGACGAAGACGCCGUCCUCGUCACCGGGGGACAGACCUUCAAACUCACAAAGGCGGAGACCUCCAACACGCUCUUGCUCGUGCCCCCCGAGGGCACCACGGCUAACACCGGCGGCGGUGGCAACGGCGCGGGAGAGAGCGGCGGCGGCUGCACACGGAAAGGCGACGGGGGCGGCGGGACAAAGGGGGAAGGUGGUUUUGAGGCCGUCGCUGCGGUGGGCUUCCAGUUCGAGCUGUCUAAGAAGACACCCUCGCUGGAGCAGAUCCGGGUGAUCUUGGAGGCGUGCUUGUACAAGGGUGAGGCGGAGGAGGCUGCCACGGACCGGGGACGGCGUGAGGCGUUCACCCUUGCAGAGCUGCAGACGAGAGUCCAGUUUAGCCGCCGGGAGCUGUUGCAGGGUCUCAAGGAGCUGGAUGCUCUAGAAAUCGAUGGGCGGUGGCGAAUGGUGGACCCGGCUCUGAUGGAGCGAACCGCGGACGCGCUUCUGGCGGCGGUGGUGGAGGAAGACAUGCCGCUCGAUAAGGUCCGAGGAGUCGAGACAGAGACCGACAGAGGGAGAAGCAAGGCUUGCAUAGCCGCCCUGCCGGACUGCGAGGCCCUGGUGCUGGAGCACUGCCUACGUACGUAUUCCCUGCCAUCCGACAACGUUGAAGAGCAAAAUGAAGCUCCCAGCGAGAACGCUCCUGCUGCUGCCGAUAGUGUUGCCGACCAGACAGUUGCUCCUGCGUACCUCCGGCUGGAUCUAGCCAAGGUGGCACGCCUUCGAGCUCACCAGAUCCUGCGCGCGCACGAGGCGGAGAUGAACGGCGGCGGCGGCGGCGGCGGCGGCGGCAGCGGCAGCCUUCACGGCAGCGGCGGGCCGAUUUCACUGGGGGAGUUCAUGGACCAGUGGGCGGCUAGCAUGCCCGGGGUAGACACGCCUUCCCAAGAUUUGCUCAAGGGCAUCGCUCUUGUGGAGACGAGAGACUCCAAGGGCAAGGACAAGAACGCCUCGCUGGUGUCGUACGUCCCGGCGUCCGGCUUGCCCUUCUCCCCGGCCGAACGGCUGGCCGCGCUGUUCCGGAUCAAGCCCAAGUGGCCCAUGGCAGAGCUCGAGCCCUACAUAUCGGAGGCUGACAGGAAAGCCGGGUUCCUCCUCAAGAAUACGCGUGCUAGCACAGAUCCGGGUACCGGCCAGAAGCUGUUUAGCACAAGAUAGGUAGAACGGUAAACCUGCGUAGAAAAGAAGUCGGUGCUCCUGAGGUGAAUCGGGAGGCGACAGGUGUUUUGUUCUCGGUGCUAGAGGAGCUUCAGCUAUUGUUGUAGUAGCAGUCCCUUCACGAUACCAGCAGGUAGCACACAUUCCCGCCGGCGCUUUGUCUUUGUGAAGUUAGUCGCCCCUUAUUGGGGUUUGCUUUCGUUCCGUUUGCGUGGACUGCCGUGGGGGUCGGUGUACAGUCGACCCCGCUUUAAAGAACACCACGUUUCCCCCCCAAAAAAGUGUCUUUAACGCCGGGAGGUGUCUUUAAAAUUCCGGGGCCACCAACGCACCAUCCCCGGGGCACAAGAGGUGUUGUUUGAAACCUACGACACAAGGUGCUGGCUCAGCGACCAUGGGUAGGGCAACCCGGGAACGAGUUAUAUUUAUUUCGCGCGAAGCGCGAAAAAAAUACGAAGAGGCGUAUUUGAAUGACGCGUCCUUUCAUUGUCUUCAAGUUUGACAGAAGGAAUCCAUGUGUGGUUAUUCAGUGCCCGAGGUUGCGGGUUCAAUCCCCAUCAGCGCCAAACUUUGUUUGCACCUUCCUUUUUUUCCCGAUUUUUCUUCACGAUGGGAGGGCCAUCACCACCUAUUGGCGGUAAAUUAGCGGGUAAACCACCGUUUACGCG